UCAUCAAGAAACCCAUCUACUCUCCGCGGCUCAAGAGUCAAGACUGUCGCCUCCAUGGAUGCCCGCGACGACCCGAAGCUCGAACUGCUCUGUAGAUGGCUGCAGAUCAAUGGAGUUCAGCUACGGGGUUGUGAAAUCAGAUCUUGUGGUCAGCAGAAAGGAUACGGGCUAUUUGCAUCCGAUGAUAAAUGUGAAGGAGUUCUGCUGGUGGUUCCUCUGGAUUUGGCUAUAACGCCAAUGAGGGUACUGCAAGACCCCAUUUACUCUGCAAAAUGUAGGCCAUUGUUUGAAGAGGGAGAUGUUGACGAUCGCUUUUUGAUGAUGCUGUUUUUGACUGUGGAGCAUGCUAUGAAGAACUCAUCAUGGAAACCGUACCUUGAGGCGCUUCCUUCCUCAUUUGGGACCCCAUUGUGGUUUACUGAGGACGAGCUUGUAGAGUUGAAGGGCACAACGCUACACAAGGCAAGCAUAUUACAGAAAAAGAAGUUGCAAGAGCUAUUCGAUGAGAAAGUGAAGCCUUUGGCUGAGGAACUCCUGUGCCUAUAUGAGGACAAGGAAAGUGUCAUUCAUUUUGAGGACUUCCUUUGGGCUAAUUCCAUCUUCUGGACUAGAGCUUUAAACAUUCCUCUGCCACAUUCUUUUGUAUUCCCCAAAGUGGUUACAAAGCAACUGAGUAUCUCUUUGUCCCUUGAGAAGCACUCUGAAGACAUGAAUGCUCCAAUGUGUAAAGACUCUGCUGUUGAUGGGGAUGAAACAGAAGAUCUGAAAGUGACUUCAUCUGAAAUAAAUCCUGAGAAUGUGUGGGUUGAAGGGCUUGUUCCUGGCAUUGAUUUCUGCAAUCAUGGUUCAGAGGCCGGUGCUUUGUGGGAAGUUGAUGCGUCAGGAGGAGUCACAGGAAUUCCCUUUUCAAUGUACCUCUUAUCUACAUGUGGACAGAAAGUUCCUGCUCAAAAGGAGAUACUUAUCAGUUAUGGUAAUAAAGGAAAUGAGGAAUUACUGUAUCUGUAUGGAUUUAUCAUUGAAAAGAAUCCAGAUGACUAUCUCAUGGUUCAUUAUCCACUGGAAGCCUUGCAGCAAGCAUCAUGUCCUGACUCUAAAGGUCAGCUUUUGGAAAUCCAGAAGGCAGAACUAAGAUGCAUCCUACCUAAAGAUUCGCUGAAACAUGGUUUUUUUGGUCAACCUCCUCAAACACAAGGCAGCUUUGAGUCGGACAAAAUUUUUUACAACAAUUAUAGUUGGAGCGGUCAACGCAAGGUGCCAUCUUAUUUAGAUAAAUUGGUAUUUCCUGAAGACUUUCUAACUGGCUUACGAACAAUAGCAAUGCAAGAGAAUGAACUGCUUCAGGUUUCUUCAUUGUUGGAAGAGCUUGUUGGCUCUGCUGAGAAACGACAACCAACUGAAACUGAAGUAAGGGCUGCAGUUUGGGAGGUGUGUGGAGAUGCUGGGGCGUUGCAAUUGCUCGUUGAUCUUCUUAAUACGAAAAUGAUGGAACUUGAGGAGGGAUCUGGAACAGAGGAUGAGGACAUCAAACUGCUUCAAAAUGCAUGCAUGAUUGGUAGUGAAGAAGAGAAUGUCAGCAGAAUCGAAGUUUCUGGAGUUGAUGAGAAGGUGAUGAUGAGCAAGAAUAAGUGGUCUUCUAUAGUUUAUCGACUUGGCCAGAAGCAGCUUACCCGCUUGUUCCUACGAGAGGCCGAGCAUGCACUAGAAAUUUGCUUGAGUACUGCGUAACUCUUGCUCCCCAUGUCACUUCUGCUCACCAAAGUGCACAAUGUUGUGGGUACCUCGAGGAGGCGGUCCGGUCCUAAUAGCUUGGUGCUAAGGAACAACGACUUCCUUAUGUUUGGCGCUAAGGGACACAAGACUCUUCAAGAACGGAAGCACAAACGUUUUGUUGUAUACAAGAUCAUGAGCAGUUAACAGGAAUCUGACUGUUGCCAACAGGUCGGACAGGCCUUAGGAAGGAGAUGAAAAGUGAAUUUGGGCAUUCGAAGUUCUUCAUUUUCUUGAUCCAGUUUCCCUAGGAAGGCUGCAGUUAUUGAACUCGUCCUUCUAGUUACGUCCAUAUGUUGGAUGUGGCUAGUCCUGCUAGUUAGCUCCAUAUGUUGGAUGUGACCAGAGCAAAUCUGGGCACAAAGUUGACAGAAAAGGGAAGUUCACAUAAUGAUGCUGAAGUUAGCAUAUGUUCAUUGUUCUGCACAAACUAAAAUUGAAUAAAUCAUAUGGUCUGCCGGGUCAUAUUAUUGAA